ACCGCCAGACCGUGCGCUGCGACGUCCUCAGGACAGUCGCCCCGGUCCCCGGCACGAUGUUAGCGAAAGUUGUGCGCGUGCUUCUGCUCCUGACAAUGAUCCUGACAGCGGGGAUAAAAGCACCACAUAUUACAUCCAAAAUUGAACCUACUGCUCCAAAUAUUGUCUAUGGCCCCAUGCCAAAGCCCCCUGAGGAGAAGAAGACUUCACCUGAGAAAAAAGAAUCUUAUGAUUUCACUCCUGUCAUAAACAAGAGAAUGUCAGAAGCAACUAGAAUCCUGGACAACAUGUUGGCAAACUAUGACAGCUCACUGCGGCCUGGCAUUGGCAAGGAACCCACUGUGGUCAACUUUACGUUCAUAAUACAUUCAUUUGGUCCACUCUCUGUUGUAAACAUGGAAUAUACCAUCGACGCCACCUUUCACCAAACUUGGUAUGAUGAACGCCUCAGUUUUAAUGGCAGCUUUGAGGACCUUCUUUUGAACAGGCACUUGGUGAACCAGUUAUGGCUCCCAAACAUCGAUAUCAAAAAUUCUAAGAGGAUCCAAGAUCAAGGGCAUGACAUGAACACUCGUAUGGCCCGCAUCUACAAAAAUGGCAAGGUGCUGCACACAACUAGGAUGAUCAUUGAUAUUGGAUGCCCAAUGCAAUUGAACAAAUUUCCACUGGAUUCUCACUCUUGCCCUCUGUCUUUCUCUAGUUUUUUCUAUCCUAAUAGUGAGGUGAUCUUUAAGUGGAAUAAGCUAGACUUUAAUACCACUGCUGCCUGGAAGCUGUUCGAGUUUGAGCUCCAGGGAGUGACCAAUACGACUGAAAUCACCGAUACCGAGAUUGGUGAAUACACAGUAAUGACGUUUUACUUCCAUAUCACCCGCCAACUGGGCUUUCUGACCAUCCACCGCUAUAUCCCUUGUUCAUUGUCCACAAUGCUCUCCUGGCUUUCCUUUUGGAUCCAUAAGGAUUUUUCUUCUGCCAGGAUCUCUCUGGGGAUUACCGCUAUUCUCACUUUGUCCACGAUAAGCAGCUUAAUCAAGAGGAAAGUACCCAACAUGACCUGUGGCACUGUCUUGGAUUUCUAUGUCGCCACUUGCUUCGUUUUUUCCUUCUGUUCUCUGUUGGAGUUUGCUCUGAUUACCCUCGUGACUUACAAACGAAACAAACUCCAUGUUCCAAAAAUUCGCCAUUCUCGUUCCUUUGUCCGCGUACACAUCUCGGCCCGGGACAGUGCCUAUCUCCGCGCCCGUGCCCGUGCCGCGACCCGACUCCAUCUCGAAGGUUUGCUGAUGGAUUCUGACAGCAGUGACACCGAGGGUGAGGAGCAGCAGCGGGUGGAGGAAUGGGUGGAGGGAGGGUGGGAGCGCCUGGCUUGCCCUAGACAGGUGGCCGACUAUCCUGACAUUGCCCACCGCCCCGCGAGCUCCUGCAAGUGGUACCAGAAGUUCUUCUGCACCUUCGCCUCCUGCCGUGGUGGGAUAUGGCAGGACGGCCGCAUCUAUAUUCAUGUCUACCGCCUGGAUGCCUACUCGCGGAUUUGGUUCCCACUGGUCUUCGUAAUUUUCAAUAUUGUCUACUGGUCUGGUUCUGACUUCAGCCUUCGAGGCGCCUAUCAAUUGCUCUUCUCUUACCGACACCUCCUGAGGAUACUGGGCAGCAAGAGAAUGGCCCGGGAGGACCAAGACCUUUAG